ACACUGCCAUUCUCACUGGAAAGCCCGUCUCAGUGCCUGUCAAGGUUGUGGGGGUUCAAGAAGAUGGAUCUGUGGUGGAUGUGUUGGAGUCUGUGGAAUGCAGGUCGGCUGAUGAAGAUGUUGUGAAGGUCUCCAACACCUGUGACUCCAUCUUUGUGAAUGGGAAGGAGAUGAAGAGCAAAGUGGGCACGAUCGUGAAUUUCACCCAUCAGCACUUCACCUCCCAGGUGGAGGUCACCGUCUGGGUGCCCCGCCUGCCGCUGCAGAUAGAGAUCUCAGACACAGAGCUGAGCCAGAUCAAGGGCUGGAGGAUCCCGGUGGCCUCCAACAGGAGGCCCACCCGGGAGAGUGAUGAUGAGGAAGACGAGGAGAAGAAAGGGCGAGGGUGCACCCUCCAGUACCAGCAUGCCCUGGUGCGAGUCCUCACCCAGUUUGUAACUGAGUCACCUGACUUGGGUCAGCUGACCUACAUGCUGGGCCCUGACUGGCAGUUUGACAUCACAAACCUUGUAACCGAGUUUGUGAAGGUGGAGGAACCGAAAAUUGCCCAAUUACAGGAUGGCAGGAUCCUGGCAGGGCGAGAACCGGGCAUCACUACCGUGCAGGUCCUCUCGCCUCUCUCUGACUCCAUCCUGGCUGAGAAGACAGUUAUUGUCCUGGAUGACCGUGUCACCAUCACAGAGCUGGGUGUGCAACUAGUGGCUGGCCUGUCCCUUUCCCUGCAGCCUCAUAAGGCAGACAAGAGGGCCAUCAUCUCUACAGUGGCGGCUCAGGAUGUUCUCCAAGCCCCGCAGCAGGAAGCCAUAGUCAGUUCCUGGAUUUUGUUCAGUGACGGCUCAGUAACACCUUUAGAUAUUUAUGAUCCCAAGGAUUUCUCAGUGUCCGUUUCCUCCUUGGAUGAAAUGGUGGUAUCCGUACAGCCAAACCUUCAGACCAGAUGGCCAAUCGUAGUUGCGGAGGGCGAAGGACAGGGGCCCCUGAUCAAGCUUGAAAUGUCCAUCAGUGAAUCUUGUCAGAAGAACAAGAGGAAGAGUACUCUUGCCGUGGGUAAAGGAAGCGUCAAGGUCAGGUUUGAACCUGGGAUGCAUGAGCAGCAAGGAGGCAGCAAUGACAUCGAGGGCAUAAACCGGGAAUACAAAGGCCACCUCAGCAAUUCCAUAGAGCGUGAGGGAAGCCAGGAGCGGGCGGCCCAGGAGUGGUUCCAUGGUGUACCAGUUGGCCAUGAGGAUAGGACCAACAAAAGCACAACCCCACAGUCUCCCAUGGGAGGAAAGCUGCUCAAAGGCGGGGCAGAUGCCUUCACAAGCUUCCCCACUCAAGGGAAGUUACCAGAAUCCAAUAACCCCGGUGACCUCACGAUGACCUCCAGGGGCUUAACAGAUCUGGAGAUUGGUAUGUACGCUCUGCUCUGUGUAUUCUGUCUGGCUAUCUUGGUCUUCCUGAUCAACUGCGUGGCAUUUGCUUGGAAGUAUAGACACAAAAGGUUUGCAGUGAGUGAGCAGGGCAACAUCCCCCAUUCCCACGACUGGGUCUGGCUUGGGAAUGAGGUAGAACUUCUGGAGAACCCCGUGGACAUCACUCUCCCCUCAGAGGAGUGCACAACCAUGAUUGACAGGGGUCUGCAGUUCGAGGAGAGGAACUUCCUGCUGAAUGGCAGUUCCCAGAAGACUUUCCAUAGUCAGCUGCUCAGACCUCCUGACUAUGUGUAUGAGAAAGAGCUGAAAAACGAACCCAUGGGUUCCUCCGGCCCAAAGAGGAAGAGAGUCAAGUUUACUUCCUACACCACCAUCCUCCCUGAGGAUGGGGGCCCAUACACCAACUCCAUCCUGUUUGACAGUGAUGACAGCAUCAAGUGGGUCUGCCAAGAUAUGGGGCUGGGGGACUCGCAGGACUUCAGAGACUAUAUGGAAAGACUCCAGGACCAGAUGUGAAGUCCUUUCUUAAGUUCGUAUUCACCUUUAUGCCUUCUGUUUUCUGAACGGUGGAGCAGUGGGUCUGAUCAGCAAUAGGGGGUGACUCAACAAAGUGUCAGGGUGGGGGGUCUGGAGGGAUCCCUCUCUAAGUGGGUACCAGCAGUCUAGAGAGCUGGGGCUCUAGCUAGGCAAUGUCUCUAACACAGUGGCUCCCAGGGAUGGGAGACAUGCAGAGGCCAGCAGCCAGCAGUAGACACGACUCCACAGACACUGUUGGUCACCUCAUGACCAAUGGCCGUGUGUAAUAAGGAACAUUCUGGAUGGAUGGUGGUUUUUUUCUAUUCCUAGCCCUUUUAAAGCACAGUGAACACUCAUCGCACGUGGCCUGAGUUCGGAUCUCUGUGGCAGAAGAUGACUGAAUGUAGCUUUCUUAGUUGUUGGGAGUGAGGCUCAUUAUUUUUAUAUACAUUUGGACUUGCACCUGUUCUUUUGACCUUGCAUUUUUUGAGGGGGAGGGGUUGUUUCAGAAAUAUACAAAGAAGAAUUAUGUUUGAUGUUCCUAUGAGUUUUAUUCAAUGGGGCUCAUCAUGUCCUGCUGGUUCUAGGUCUCCACACGGGAUGUUAUUUUUUUUUUUUUAAACUUUGUUGCUGGGGACAGUGUUUAAGCAACAUAUUAUCAUGCUCUGUCUCCUUCUUCUUGACAUUGGACUUUCUUAUCUAUUUCAGUGACAGAUGUAUUACUGAAGACCCAGAAGAGAGAGCUUUUUCUUUCCCUUUUUCUUUUAAAAACCAUUUUCCAUAUGACGUUUAACAAAUUUGGAGAAAAGUUGUGUCACAAACAUCUGUUUUCAUUGUCUGCUUGUUAUUUAUCUGUGGAUCUCCUGGGGGUACAGUUCUGAGGGUAGAGACUCCAACAUCACAGUAUGGAAACAAGUCCUUUGUGCUCAACACAGUGUGUUAUUCAAACUAAAAUAAAAAGCAGGAU